GUUCAUUUUACUGCUCAGGUAGAAUCAGAAUCGGGGGGUGAAACUGAAUCGUUUUGUUUGUGAAGACUUUGACGUUAAAGUGUCAAAACUGUCAAUUCAAUAGAGACGAAAGAAAAAUUGAUUAGAAAAUCAAAAUUAAUUAAAAACAUUUAUGAAUGGUACAGUUUACAAUAAACAACUAAAAUUUCGGAUCCAAAAUGUGGGAUUCUACUAUGUUUUUGAGUACAUUAACUCCUAAAUUCUACGUCGCACUGACAGGUACUUCUUCCCUUAUCUCCGGUCUUAUAUUGAUAUUCGAAUGGUGGUAUUUUCGAAAAUAUGGAACCUCUUUUAUCGAACAAGUCUCUAUAAACCACAUUAGCCCGUGGAUUAGCGGCGAUUACGGCGAGAACAGCAACACAAACAACGGAAACAGUACAAAUGUCCAGCCCCAGGUGCCAGAAUGCAAAGUCUGGAGGAACCCUUUAAAUUUAUACAGGGGCGCCGAGUACCAGCGGUUUUACUGGGCCACGAACAAAGAACCUUUGACCUAUUACGAUAUGAAUUUAUCGGCCCAAGAUCACCAGACGUUCUUCACGUGCGAGGCCGACGCGGGCAAGGCGGAAUACGAAAUCAUGCAGACGGCUUGGCGGGAGAGGAAUCCCACCGUACGUCUCAAAGCCGCUCACAACGCCCUCGAAAAAAACCCGGAUUGUGCACCGGCUUACAUACUACUCGCAGAGGAAGAAGCCACGACAAUAACGGAAGCCGAGAAAAUAUUGAAACAAGCCCUCAAAGUCGCCGAGACUAAUUACAGAAAAUCACAAGCGUUGCAGCACCAAGGAAGUCUAAUGGAAGCCCAGCACCGACGAGACACAAACGUGUUAAUCUACAUCAAACGACGCCUGGCGAUGUGCGCCAGAAAAUUAGGGAAGCUCAAAGAGGCGGUGAAGAUGUUCAGGGAUCUAACGAAAGAAGUGCCGCCCAUCAUGAACGUGCUCAACAUACACGAGAACCUCAUCGAGGCGCUGCUCGAGAUGCAGGCGUACGCCGACGUGCAAGCGGUCCUGGCCCGAUACGACGACAUAUCCCUGCCGAAGUCGGCGAUGAUUUGCUACACGGCCGCCCUGUUGAAGGCCCGCAUCGUCGCCGAUAAAUUUUCGCCGGACGUGGCCAGCAAACGGGGCUUGAACACGGCCGAGAUGGCCGCCGUCGAGGCCAUACACAGGGCGGUCGAGUUCAAUCCGCACGUGCCCAAGUACCUCCUCGAGAUGAAACCGUUGAUUUUGCCGCCCGAGCACGUUAUCAAACGGGGCGAUUCCGAAGCGUUGGCGUACGCUUUCUCUCAUCUUUCUCAUUGGAAGGCGGUCGAAGGGGCGCUAAAUCUGUUGCAUUGCACGUGGGAGGGAACGUUUAGAAUGCUUCCAUAUCCUUUGGAAAGGGGUCAUUUGUUCUACCCUUACCCGACGUGCACGGAAUGCGCCGAUAGGGAACUGUUGCCGGCCUUCCACGAAGUCUCCGUCUAUCCGAAGAAAGAAUUGCCAUUUUUUAUCAUUUUCACGGCCGGUCUGUGUUCGUUCACGGCCCUGCUGGCACUCUUGACGCACCAAUAUCCCGAUCUGAUGGGAAUUUUCGCCAAAUCCGUCGUCAGUUGGAUGUCGAUGCCGAUUUAUUAUUUGUACGAAAAAAUAGAAGGUGUGUUACCCUCUAAUUUGCUCCAACAGUUGAUAAGGAUUUAGCUACAUGUCAAUGAUCUUUUUCGAAUGCAAUAAUCCAAUAAAACUGUUACAUGGCAUGCUAUGAAACAUUUUGAAAGCUCUUGUCCUCUGAACAUUCGUUAAUUUAUUUUUUAUUAAUAUAAUUAGAUGAGAAAAAUAAUAAAGAAAACGUUUCUGAGAAUGAUUUUAACGAUUCAUUUAAAAACUAAUAGAAAUAAUGAAAUGACGGAUUUAUAAGUUUUUUACAAGUUUUAUUAGAAUAUUUAUCAUAAUAUAAUUUAAUAAUUGUAAGUUGUACUUGAAAAUUGUCAUGUUUUACGGAAGUAUUUGAUUUGAUAUAAUUGGAUUUGGUCCAUUUGUUUUACUUAUUAGAAUAUUGCUUGUGAAGUGAUAUAUAUUUUUUUAAAUUGUUUCAUAAUGUGCGGACGCUGUUUCAUGCAUGAAAACGUACUUACAAACAUAAAUUAAGGUAUAUUUUAUUUAUUGUGCUUGUAAAAAUUUUACUUACUUUCGAAUUUAUAUGUUUCUAUUUUGUUUUCGUUUCAACGGAAAAUUCGAGUAACUGCAUUGGUUAGUGUAUAUCGUGUCUAUUUGUUGAUUGAUUUUCGUUAGGAAAACAAAAUUUGUCGGUAUUUAUUUAUAGUAGUCCUAUAUGAAGUCCUAGUCAUUUUUAAUUAUUUUAUUUUUGUUACAUAAUUUUUGUUAAACACACUCGCCAUGCAAUGAGUUGUACUGAAACGUGUGUGUGGUUUACAGAAAAAAAUAUUUUCUUUUUAGUACUUCCAAAAAAGAAACAACUUAGAGUGUUUUCACACAAUGCAAUAUAUUCCAUUGUAGUUUUUAUACAAGCGUUAAUAGAAAUUAUCGAAUCGCAUACGUGAGAAAACUACGCAUUUGAACGUUUACAUUUUAACUGCAAUGCAAUAUUGCAGCAAUUUAUUACAAUUUGCUGCACUGCAAUAUAUUGCACCGUGUGAAAACGUUCUAAAUGUUUUAAGUGCUAUAAAUGUAGUUUUUUACAAUAUUUUUCUGUAAACUGCGUCAUUGUUUUUAGUAAAAUGAAAUUAUAUUUACAUGGUAAUUAUCUUGAAAUAUUAAUUUUUUUAUGAGACAGUGUGUUGGAACAUCACGAAAAAAAAAACAAAUUUUCCCUCUCUGAUACUACUAAUAAUAAUUUUUGGUGUCGAUGUCGAUUAUGUGUAUUUUUUCAAACUAUUUGUGUAGAACAUAAAUAAAUCAUGGAACAAUAA